AACUAUCUUUCUACUCUCUUUGCCUAGUUUCUUUGGCUUUUACUGGCAGUGUCUGGAUCUAUCAUAUGCAGAGCUGUUGAUAGUCGUGGUGAUAUUUCACUUCAUCUCUGACUUCAACUCAAGCCCUUUCUUCCCACACAUAUACUCCAGUUUGCUGACAGUACAAGUCACUUGACAACAAGCUAUGAACAAGCUAUGGUAGACAAACCAAGUAAAUAGAUCAGUAAUCCACAAAGUGCAGAUGCUCCGACUCCCAAUCCAGGGCUUCAACUCCGGUAUCCCAGUCCUCGUGCAUGUAUAUAUACCCGCGCCCGUUUCCGUCAGCAUAUUAAACCCGUGUCCUAGCAAUAUCUUCUUCAUUCCCUCGUCCAGCGAUUCAAAGCUGGUUCAGCUCGUUGUCCGCUGAAUUCUGGCUAGAUCGGACCAGGUUCGCGCGUUAAAGAGCCGGGAGGAUCGUAAUAAGAUGAGCAGUGCCCACGACGACGAUCAAGAAUCGCAACAAGUCAGCACUACUACCGCCAUCCACGACCACGCCAAAGACAGGAUCAGCAACGACGCACAAAGUCUAGAGAUUGACGACGAGCAAGACGACGAGAUCUUGAAGAUGCUGACGCCGUCUGUACUUGCGUCCCUGAGAGCGACGCCGCUGCUGGCGAGUUCAUGGCACUUUGUCGCCGCCGCGACGUUCAGCGUGUGUAAUCGUCCUGAAGCCACGCCGAUAAUAUACCGCUACGCAAUCGAGCACGACGCACACCUGGCAUCCGACCCGCCACCAGCCGACGACGACGACAAACUAAGCGCACCCCCCUCGCCGAGCGGAUCGACUCACAGUUUCGGCUCAGAAGAUGCCUCGCAGCUCGUGGACGUGACCGGCUGCGACCCGGCCGUCGUGCACACGAUCUCGCAAAAGAUGCGCGAGGCACUCCUCAAAGGUGCCGCGCUGGGGGGUCUGCCCAAGACAAUCAACUCGCUGAUCCAGCUCCGCAACGCGACGCCGCCCGCGUUCCGCGAAGAGCAUGUCCUCCGGACCGAGGCGCAGCUGUCGCAGUCCGCCGAGCUCGCGCGCGGCAAAUCGUUCUGGGAUCAGGUCUACGGCAAGGUCUCGCGGCGGGUGCUGUCGCAGAUGAAUACCGCGUACCCGGACCUGGCGCAGUACGCGCUCGACCAUGUGUAUUCGCCGCUGCUGUCCUACACCGGCGUGCUGUCGCCGAAGGAGACCUCGUACGUCGUGAUUGCGUGCUUGAUUCCGCAGGACGUGAAUCCGCAGCUCAAGGGACACUUGAAGGGCGGGCUGAACAACGGGGCGACGAAAGAGGAGCUGAUGAGUGUUCGUGAUUUGUCGAUGCGGAUAUGCGAGCUCUGCGAGGUGGGCUGGAAGGAAGAGCCUGCUAAGCUGUGAUCUCAAUCAAGUCUUUUACGAUGGCGUUUUUGUUUUUAGUUGGAUGUUACAAAGGGUUUAUUGGUUCUCCAUUGAUUAAGUAGUUAAAAGGCAUUGCAUUUGUAUUCACCAGAGAUUCUGAAUAGCACUGAUUUUUAAAACCAUAU